UACCCGGACACGCCGCACAGGCCACGUAUCGCGUGUCCGAUACGCGCCGGACACGGAUACGCCGCGGAUACGGCGCCGAUACGUGUCCGCGGAGUAUCGGGAUAAAAAUAAAUGGCAAAUAAACGGAUACGCGGGCCGGACACGUAUCUGGACAUUUUUGGAUACGGCCCAGCCCACCUAAACAGCCCACGAAGCACUCAUCAAGUGAUGGCCUAGCCCGUCACGGCAGCCAGCAGCCAGCACUCGACGGAAGCAGCCAGCACGCAAGCGCCCGCCCGCCCGCAGCGCACGAGCGCCGCCGCUCGCCGUCGCCGGCGACGAGCCGCCGCCCGCCGGCGAGGAGGACUGUCGGCUACAAUCUCCGGUGAGUUUCCCGUUCCCGUCGUCCUCUAGCCUUAGGAUUGAUUUCUUCUUCCCACCUUUUCCCUCUCUGAUUUUCUCCUCCCAGAUCUAGAGCUCACUACCUCAGGCCUGUUCUUGCUUUCUUCUGUAGUUCUUAGACCGUAGAUGGCUACAUCGAGCAAUGCUAGUGCUACUGCUGGAGUUGCUAGCACAAAUGCUAGUGGUAGUACAGGAUCAGGAUCUGCAUCCACGGUUGAUAUAAAGGCUCCAUUGUGGGCUUAUGUUAACAUUUUAGAUAAGCCUAAAACAGGAGGUGGCAAUGUUCUCUGGAAAUGCAAGUAUUGCUCAAUGGAGAAGUUCACUAGCUACACUAGAGUUGAGGCUCACUUGCUGCAGAAAUCAGGAAGGGGAAUUAUCAAGUGUGACAAGAUGCCAUAUGAAGUGCUCUGUGAGAUGAAGAGGGAAGUUAAAAGAUGUGAAGAACUAGUGCAAAGAGGAAAGGCACGCACUGUUUCCAUGCCUACUGCUCCUGCUCCUUCAGGCAAUACUAGUAAGAAGAAAAGGGGACCUGCUUCAGCAUUGGAGAAAGCUUGGGCAUUGGAAGACCGCAAACAUUUGGAUGCUCUAAUUGUAAGAUCAAUUUACUCUGGAGGUAUAUCUUUCAAUUUCUUGAGAAAACCAUAUUUUCGAGAGGCCUUUUCAUUUGCUUGUAGCCGCACCAUGCCUGGAUACACGCCUCCUGGGUUCAAUAGGGCAAGGGAGGGACUCCUGGUUCAGGAAAGGAGGCACAUUGAGACUCUAAUGGAGAGUACAAAGAGUACAUGGGCAGAGAAGGGAGUCACAAUCUGCUGCGAUGGUUGGUCAGAUCCGCAGAGACGGCCAAUCAUCAAUUUUGUUGCCAUUUCUGAGAAAGCACCUAUGUUCUUGAGGGCCGAUAAUUGUCAGGGAGAGAUCAAGACAAAAGAAUACAUUGCUGAGAAGUUGAGGUCUGUUAUUGAAGAAGUAGGCCGGCAAAAUGUGGUACAGAUCAUUACCGACAAUGCCUCGAACUGUAAAGGUGCGGGUCUAAUACUGGAAGCUGAAUAUGGUAACAUAUUUUGGACACCAUGUGUUGUGCAUACUCUUAAUUUGGCUUUGAAAAGUAUAUGUGAGCCUAAACUCUCAAGGGAUCCUUCUAUGGAAGAGUUAUUUGCUUGGAGCCAGCUUGAAUUUUACAAUACUGUUAAAACUGAGGCUAACAUGAUAAAAAAUUUCAUAAUGAACCAUAGCAUGCGUCUUUCAAUGUUCAAUGAGUUUAGCCAUUUGAAGUUAUUGUCUAUUGCUGAAACAAGAUUUGCCUCGGUAGUGUGUAUGUUGAGACGCUUUGUUGAGGUAAAAAUGGCACUCCAGCAAAUGGUGAUAAGUGACAAAUGGACUGUCUACAGAGAGGAUGCUCCAACUGCCCAAAAUGCCCAAACUGUCAAGGAAAAGAUACUGAGUGAUGUGUGGUGGAGCAAUGUUGAGCAUAUUCUUAAGGUUACUUCUCCUAUAUAUGAUAUGAUACGUGUGGCAGACACUGACACGCCAUGUCUUCACUUAAUUUAUGAAAUGUGGGAUUCUAUGAUUGAGAAAGUGAAGAAAGAGAUAUAUCUCUGGGAAGGGAAGGAACAUGAUGAGGUGUCUGAUUAUUACUCAGUUGUUCAUGACAUAUUGAUUGCUAGGUGGACAAAAGGGAAUAAUCCAUUGCAUUGUUUGGCUCACUCACUCAAUCCAAGAUACUACAGUAGGCAAUGGAUUCAGGAAAUUGAUGGCCGUGUACCACCCCACAAGGACAAAGAGGUAUCCCAAAUGAGGAUGACUUGCUUCAAAAAGUUUUUUCGCAUACCAGAAGAAUUGGCUCAAGUAAAAGAAGAAUAUGCAAGGUUCUCAAGUUGUUCAGAAGAAUUCAAUGAUCCUGAUUCAAUUCAUGAUAGAUGGGCUGUUUCCCCCAUGACUUGGUGGACAAAUCAUGGGCAGUCUGUUCCUCUAUUGAUGAAUUUGGCGAUCAAAUUGAUUAACCAACCAGCAUCAUCUUCUUGCUGUGAACGCAAUUGGAGUACAUAUAGCUUCAUACAUAGUGUCAAAAGAAAUGCCUUAACUCCAGAGAGGGCUGAAGAUUUGGUCUUUGUGCACUCAAAUCUGAGGCAUAUGUCAAGAAAAACAGAUGCAUACAAGACAGGAGAGACAAGAAUGUGGGAUGUGGGAGGAGAUUCUUUUGACACUAUGGCUGGUGUAGGUCUUCUUGAAGUGGCUGAACUCUCCCUUGAUGAGCCUGAAUUGCAAGCUGUGUCCUUUGGUCUUGAGAUUGUCAGCCUGGAAGAGAAUGAAGCACCUGUUGAGGAUGUAGAAGAAUAAACUAUGAAGCAUUGAACUCCAAGCUGUCAAGAAAAAUUAAACCAUGAAGCGCCUGUUAUGUAUUUGUAUUGACUGCUAUAAGCUAUUUACCUAUGUUGAACAUCGAACCAUGAAGCACCUGUUAUGUAUUUGUAUUGACUGCUAUCUCUAUGUUGAACAUCUAUUUCUUAUUGUUGUCAACUUUGA